UGCGCACUGUUUGCAUCCUCCGCUGCGUGUCUUGCCAUCGUACAGGAUGUACACCUCGGUGCGUGGUGUUUUUUGGCUGGUGAUGUGUUUGCUUCUGCUGGAAUCGCGCGCCUCGGACAUACUGAACGAUGCACAUGUGUAUCGUGCGUUCGCAUCCUACGAGGUGGUCCCGGAUGUGGUCGAUGAAGCGCCCGACUGUUGGGCCCGUGUGUCGUUCAAAAGUGGCCGACAGGCGGAGGGUGGUAAUCGACUAACGCCAACCCACAUACGAAACCCACCCGUCGUCACGUGGAACUCGAACGAGCGUGCCCUCUACACGCUGAUCUUGACCGAUCCGGAUGUGCCGUCACGUGACGAUCCACGCUACAGAGAGUUUAUCCACUGGGCGGUCGGCAACAUUCCCGGCAAUGAUAUUGAUCGUGGUGAAACGCUCGUCGAGUAUCUCGGUGCCGUCACAGCGCGUGGGACUGGAUUGCAUCGGUUCGUGCUGCUCGUGUUUGAGCAUCUCCAGAAGCUGGACUUUUCCAACGAACCGCGAAUCUCGGCACAGUGCGGUACGGUGCGGCGAUACUUCUCUUCGCGCAACUUUACGCGCAAGUACGAUCUUGGCAACCUGUACGCGGGAAACUUCUUCCAGACACAGUACGAUGAUUACGUGAACACGUUGCAGGCCCAGCUGCGUGAAUGUGAGACCGAGCGUUCGCUGAACGAGCUGAACGGAGCACGUAAUGCAACCGUGUUUGGUAGCCCGUAGAAUGGUCGAGAGAUGUUGAUUCUGUAAUGGUUCCAAUAUGCUUUUGAAGUAGCGGUUAGUUGCGGAAAGGCUGUACAUUUCAAACAUUGUACUUAGUAGUUUUCAAAAAGUUGGAAGUAUUAACUUGUUAGAAAUGUAUCAUGUUUGU